AUGCUGCCGCCACCGUCUCUCCUCCUGCUCCGCUCCGGCGCGCCGCCCAGCGCACCCCCCCUGCAGGGGCGGCGGCGGCGGUGUCCCACGCCAGUGCGGGCGUCAUGGCAGGAGCUGGCGGGCGUGUUGGUGUUCUCCGCCAUCCCCUUCACCGCCGUCAAGGCCCUCGCCAACAGCCCCCUGGGCGCCCGCCUCCGCCGCCGCCUCGAGGACAGGAAGGCCGCCGCAGCUGCCGAGGCCGCCGCUCUCCGCGCUGCUGCGCGCGGCGCCCGUAACAACAGCUUUUGGUACGGCGGAGAUCGGCCGCGGUGGCUUGGUCCCGUCCCUUACGACUACCCUGAGCAUUUGACCGGAGAGUACCCUGGAGAUUAUGGGUUCGAUAUUGCAGGUCUGGGCAGGGAUCCCGUUGCUUUCGCAAACUACUUCAACUUCGAGAUCUUACAUUGUCGGUGGGCCAUGCUUGCUGCUCUCGGUGUUGUUAUUCCUGAGCUAUUAGAUCUUUUUGGGUUAGUGCAUUUUGUUGAGCCUGUCUGGUGGAAAGUUGGUUAUGCAAAACUUCAGGGUGAUACCCUUGAUUACCUUGGGAUUCCUGGAUUCCGAAUUGCUGGUGGUCAAGGUGUCAUUGUAAUUGCUAUCUGCCAAGCCCUCUUGAUGGUUGGACCUGAAUAUGCGAGGUACUGUGGGAUCGACGCACUAGAACCAUUGGGAAUAUAUCUUCCUGGUGACAUAAACUACCCAGGAGGAGCACUUUUUGAUCCCUUGGGCCUGUCCAAGGAUCCCGUGGCAUUUGAGGAUCUCAAGGUGAAAGAAAUCAAGAACGGUCGCCUGGCGAUGGUAGCAUGGUUAGGAUUUUACAUCCAGGCGGCUGUGACUGGCAAGGGCCCUGUACAGAACCUGGUUGAACACUUGUCCGACCCACUCCAUAAUAACAUCUUGUCCUCCUUCCACUAA